AGGAGGGGGUUGGGCAGGACGAGGAGGAGUUAGUGGUGCAGUAGGGGUUGGCAAUACUGGGGUAGGGCGAAGUGUAGGUGCUGGGAUAGCUGGAGGAUUAGGGGGUGGAGCAGCAGGAGGGGUAGGUGCUGGGGUGACAGGUGGAGGUGGUACUGGAGUAGGAAGAGGAGGAGGGGCCAGUUCUGGGGUAGGGCGUGGUGUAGGUGCUGGGGUGGCGACAGCAGGAGCCAGUCCCGGAGUAGGGCGUGGAAUAGGUGCUGGGAAGGCAGGAGACGCUAGUCCCAGAGGGGUACUGGGAGUAGGGACUGAUGGGACAAAAGGGGGACCUGGAUUGGCAUUAGGGGCAGGUAGUGAUAAUGUAAAAGGAGGAAAUGAAGCAGUAAAAGGAGGUGUUGGGGUAGGAGGUGGAGCAAGAGUAGGGAAUAUUGAGGCAGACAGUAAACAACAAGCCUCUGGUGGUGGUAGUGGUGGUGGUCAGACUGGCAAAGGUGCAGAAGAGUCAAAAUCCCCUGUUAAAGAAGACAAUGCAAAAACACCUAGUGUUGACACUCCCAAAAACCCUACUCAGAGUAAUUUCAGCAGCCAGGACUUUAAUAAAGACAAGGAUACAAACAUUAGUGGUGCAUCCAGCAUGGAUAUUGGACCUCCUGGUGCCAAUAACAACAGAUUUGGUGGACCGAAUCGAUUUGACAGCUCAAGAAACCAGUUUGAAGGAUCUCAGUUUCCUAUGGGCCCAGGCCAAGGGGGUCAAUAUGGCAUGCGUAACGAAGAGCCUGAUCAUAAUGUUGAAAGGCAAGGAAUGAAGAAAAAUUUUAGUUUCAUGGACUCUGAUAUGCGUACCCAAGGACCCAAUCAGAACCCUCAAUUUCCAGGUUUUCCCCACGGUCCGCCUCCAGACGAUCGUGGUUUUGGACGAGGUCCUCCCGGUUUUAAUUUCAACCAAGGACCAAGAGGUGGGCCCCGUUUCAAUCAAGGCCCACCUUUUGGCCCAGGGUUUAAUCAGGGACCCCCACGUGGACCUCCAAACCAAAACAGGCCAAUGUUGGAUCCUGGUGACAAUAGGAUGGGACCCCGUGAAAUGGAAAAUGUCGAGCCAUACGGGUUCACAUCACAGAGGAGGAGAGAGCCUUCUCCUAAUAGGCAAUCUUCUGAAAAUCAGUUUGGCUGCUUUCCACCUCGAGAUAAUACAGCCUGGACUCAAGAAAAUUCUGGCAUGGCCAAGAAUCAGCCUAUGCCCAACAGAUCUCUGGAUGGCAAAAUUGACAAAAUGGAGGUACCAUUAAAAGGAAGUGAAGAACCGAGUGCAAAGAUUCCAAGGAAAGAUGAUGAUAAAAAUGAGGCAGGGGUUGGUAAAUUAGAUGGACAACAAUGGCCCAAACAGGAUUCUGAUAGUUCAUCAAAUGAACAACGCAAUUUGAAAGAUGGACCGCAAGAUUUUCAAAACAACAAGAUGCCUAUGAAGAAUGAUAACUGGGGGCAGCUUGAUCCUGGGCAACCAUCUGGUGACCAAGGUCCAAACUUCAGAAAUCGUGGUCAACAACAGCCUUCACCAGGACCGCCUCAGUUUGAAAGACCUCCAUUUAAAGGCUCAUGGGGUCCACAGAUGCAAAGAAUGGGACCGGGGCCGGGAUUCAAUGUCAAUAUGCAAGCAGGAGGACCCCCUCCUCCACCUAGAAUGUUAAUAAAUAUACGGCCCGAAUUCAAUCCCCGUAUGUGUCCUCCAGGUGGUGGUGGUGGUGGUGUUGGUGGUGGUGGCACAGGGCCGCCAUACCGAGAGAUGAUGAUGCGUGAUGGAGGUGUGGGCCCUCCUUUUAGGGGUGACAAGGAAGGUGAACAGUUUAGCGAAGGCCCUGGUGAUAACAGACCAGAGGGCCGCAUGCCUCCUGAUUGCAGGCCUAAUUCUAUGGGGUUUCCUAAAAACCGUGAUGGAAACAUGGACUUCCCAGGUGCUGAUGAAAGGGAAAUGAUGACAAUGGGCUCUGCGAGAAGAGGACGUGGUGGCAUGAUGAUGGCCCAACGGGGCGGAUUUCCCGGGCGCCCUAACCUACAACAAAGAGAUUGUCAUGAUAUGAACUUUCCCAACAUGAACAGGGAUGAUGGAAAUUGUCGGCCUGACUCCCUUCGGAAUGAUGCUCCACCCUUUAACUGGUCCGGUGAACCAAGAAUGAGCUCAAAAAACCAACUGGACAGUUGGAUGAACAGAGAACGAGCACAGUGGGAAGAUAACAGAUGUGAUUUUGGCAAUAACAAUAAUAACAACAAUAAAAGUAACAACAGUAAUAAACCUUGGGGACAUCCUCAAGGCUCUCCUGCACCACCUGGAAGAGACAGAGACAUGGACCCUGCCUUUCAUAAAAUCUCUAACCCAGAUUUUUAUGAUCCCAUGAAUAGAGUGAAUAGGUUAGGAGAUAUGAACAACCGUCUUUAUAAUGCUGAUAGAUGUAACAGGCCCCCACCAGCAGCAAUGCCGCCUUCUAGAGACUUAAACCAUAACCGCUUUAAUUCAUCCUCCUCAGAUCAACAGUUUUGGAAUGAAAGAGAUCGGAACUUCCCACCCAAAGAAUUUGAUGUACAAAGAGGCAAUAGGCAUCCGAAUGAGAGAUUCCAUCGUGGUGACUUUCUCCCUCCGUAUGGAGAAACAAUUGAUUAUGCACAUCGACCUGCCAGAGAAAUGUUUGAACCUGAUUCAGAUCUGGCUAGGAACAAACCACCAGCUGUCUUUGACUAUGGUCACAAGCAUGCCAACUAUCUAGGACGACCAGAUCCAUCACGAGACAUGGAUUUUCAAGGGAACAAGAACUUACCUCCGGACCAUAUGAGGGGUGACCGAGGAAGGAUGUUCCCCGAAAAUGAGCACAGCCCUUUCCAAGGGAACUGGCUUCGCGAUGGUGACAGGCCGCGCAACUGCGAUAAGGAAGACAUGAUGCGGGAUAUGGAAAGGAUGCGCAACAGGGACAGAGACAUCGACCUCAGAGAUCGAGACUGCCGAGACCGAGAUCGUGGUCGUCCAAUUGGCCAUGAUAGCCGAGAACGAGAGCGACUCAGGGAGCGAGACAAGUUCCGUGAUGGCCAAGGCGAUAGGGAGGGCUAUUUGAGAGGACGGGAGCGCAUGGAUGAGGAAGAUAAGUGGGUUGACCGUAAGCACGAUGAUAGAAAGUAUGAUCGGGACUGCCGAGGAAGAUAUAACAGCCCAAACAGGGGUUAUCAUAAUACAGAACCCCCACACAUACGCGAUGCAUUCCCCAAAUCCCAGCUUCCCUCACAACCAGAAACGAAGGCUGAGGUUGUAUCUGCUGAUGACCUGUUGUGCAAGCCAGGACGAGACAAGCGCCCACAUCAAGUGGUGGUGAUAAUUAGAGGCUUACCAGGCUCAGGCAAAACUUAUGUUAGCAAGUUAAUCAGAGAUAAAGAGACUAAUAAUGGUGGACCAGCUCCCAGGAUGCUGUGUAUGGAUGACUACUUUAUGGUGGAAGUCGAGAAAGUUGAAAAAGAUUCAGAGUCGAACAAAAUGAUUAAAAAGAAGGUUCUGCAAUAUGAGUAUGAACCUGAUCUUGAAGAGACAUAUAGGCAGAGUAUUCUGAAAAGCUUCAAAAAGACAAUUGAUGACGGUUUCUUCCCAUUCAUAAUUUACGACAGUGUUAAUGAGAAAGUCAGGCAUUUUGAAGAGUUUUGGAGCUAUGCAAAAUCCAAGGGAUUUCAGGUUUAUGUAGCUACUGUUCACUCAGAUGUUUCAACAUGUGUAAAACGCAACAUACACGGACGCACAAAACAGGAUAUCAACAAGAUUCACAAGAACUGGGAGGAGACGCCAAAACACCAUAUACACUUAGAUAUUCGAUGUCUUCUUCAGGAUGCUGCUAUCCCAGAGGUUGAAAUGGAAGACACAUCAGAUGAGAAAACUAAAAAGGAUGCUACCCCACAAAAAGGAGAUGCUGAAGAGGAAGAUGAACCUAUAGGACCAGUGGGUUAUAUUAAAAGUAAAUGGGAAAUUGAUGUAGGCGACCAAACUGGACAAGUAAACGACCAAGUGCUGGAUAAACUUGAUGGAAUUCGAUUUGGUAAGCGCCGACGUUCAGCCUCUCCUAUAUUCAGCCUGGAUGACUAUCUUCAGCUGGACGGUUACAGAACAAGACAAACAAUACCAGGAAAAAAACGAGUACGAUGGGCCGAUAUGGAAGAACGUAAGCAACAACUGCGCCGCCGAGAACUGGGAUUUGUGGUUGGCCAGACUCAGCAUGACUGGGACAAAAUUACUGACGAUAGUUAUGCUGAUAGGGCCUUAAACCGCACCAAAUACAUCUAGAAGGUAACACUGCAACAUUUAAACAUUUUACAAUGAUUUCCAACAACACCACCAACAACAACAACAACAAUAAUAAAAAAACCUAAAAUAACAAAAAACAACGCAAUUCGCACCUAACACUUCCAGACACUUAUUUGUCUUCUGCAUAUUAAAAAUCAUCUCAUGUCUUUUUAAGAGGA